AUGGAGCAAGUUGUUCUUGAAGAUGCACAAAGUCAAUUACGGCAGUCUAGCACUGAUUUAAGUCGAUGGAAAUUAUUUCAAAGUGCGAAAUGGUCUAGCGAGGCAUUGAUGGGGAUGUGCACAUUGAAUGAAGAAAAGCCAAUCAACGCAGAACUGUCCCUGGUAACUGAUGGGGAUGAUGAAUCACCUUUGAAAAAAAGGCAGAUGCUUUCAUCAAGUGGAGUUCUUUUCGAUCUGGGUAAUAUCGAUAAAAAUGCGGACAGUAUGGCUGAGUGCAUACCAUUAGUAGAUAAGGAUUUUGAUCUCUACUUGCUAGCCUCAUCUUUAUUCGAUUGUAAAGAGUUUGACAGAUGUGCGUUUUUUCUUAAAGAUGCUAAACAUGCAGGACUAAAGUUCCUUUAUUUGUACAGUCGAUAUUUAUUGUGGGACAAAAAGGUUACGGAAUCGACAGAAGAUGUCAUGAUUAAAGAUCCAGAAGUAAUAUCAACGGAUACUUCUGAUUCACUUAAGGGUUCUGAGUUUGGAAGAGAUUCUGAUAGUAAAAACCGAACUUCUAGUUCGUUUUGCAAUAAAGAUGUGGACGUUGGUAAUGGGGAAAAGAUCAACUUACCUAAACUUUACCACGAAAUAACAGAAUUCUUAGAAGAAAGCGAGACACAAUCUAAGCUAGAAACUGCAUUACUAUACUACUUGUUAGGCAUAAUACAAAAAAAGCAGGGAGUGCCGAGUAGCGCAAUGAACUCUUUUUUAAAGUCAUUAAAACUGUAUCCCUAUAAUUGGACCUGUUGGUGCGAACUAUUAUCUUGCAUUUCCAGGGCAGAUGAAUCUAUAUUAUUAUUGAAGUAUUUGAACGAUAAUUUUUCGAUGAUAAAAGAAGAUGGUAUUGUGCAUGAGCAUUUAAUGUUGCGCUUCUUUAAAUUGGCCAUCUUCAAAGAGUUCGGGGGAGAUUUUGAUAAGUACAUUGAAGAAUUAGGAGAUAUGAUGAACCUAUUCCCAAAGUUCUCCUUCCUCAGAGCACAAUACGCAUUGAUUAAUUACAAAUAUAUGGACUAUGCGAAUGCUGAAAUAGUGUUUGAUGAGUUAGUUUCCAUGGAUCCUUAUAGACUAGAUGACUUGGAUACAUAUUCUAAUGUCUUGUACGUGCUUCAAAAACCCUACAAAUUGGCAUACCUUGCACAAUAUGCUGCAAAUGUUGAUGUCUAUAGACCUGAGACGUGCUGCAUAAUUGCUAAUUACUUUAGUUCAAAACAACAACAUGAAAAGUCAAUUCUAUACUUUAGAAGAGCAUUAAUGUUAGACAAGUCUUACACACAUGCUUGGAUUCUCAUGGGACAUGAGUUUAUUGAGAUGAAGAACUCCCAUGCAGCAAUUGAGUGUUACCGCCGUGCGGCAGAUGUAAAUCCAAGGGACUUCCAAGCAUGGUAUGGGUUAGGACAGGCAUACGAAGUUUUAGACAAACACUCAUUCGCACUCUAUUAUUUCCAAAAAGCUUGCUCAUUAAAGCCAUUAGACAAGAGAAUGUGGUUUGCUUCAGCUUCGUGCUAUGAAAAGUUGGACAAAACGAUGCAGGCAAUUAAAUGUUUCCAAAGGGCCUCGCAACUCUCAAGUGAACAAGACUCCGCUGUACUUUACCGCCUAGCAAAACUACACGAAAAGAACAAUGACAUAUCUGUUUGUAAACAUUACAUGAUAAAGUGCGUUGAACUAGAUGAGCUCAAAAAAUCUCACGUUGCUGAUGAAAUCGGAAAGGCAAAGUUGUGGUUGGCUAAACAUGAGUUCAAACAUAGGAAUUACCAAGAAGCAUAUACUUACGCUAAUGGGGUAAAUAACGGGACAUCGCAAGAGAUAGAAGAGGCAAGGGCCAUUCUGGCUGAAUGCCGAAAACGUGUGGAAUUAUAA